CAGGAUCACUGAGCUGCUGAGCGGAGAGGUUCCUAUAAGGUGUCAGGAUGUUGCUGUCUAUUUCUCCAUGGAGGAGUGGGAGUAUUUAGAAGAACACAAGGAUCUGUACAAGGACGUCAUGAUGGAGAAUCACCAGUCCCUCACAUCACCGGAUGGAUCCACUAAGAGAAAUCCACCAGAGAGAUGUCCCAGUCCUCAGUAUUCCCAGGACUGUCCAGAGGAGAAACCAAAUAUCCCACUGGAUCAUCAGGAAAUUUCUGGUGAAAUGACAAGUGGCCUCGAAGACCCCGGAUCAGUGUCUGUGAAAGGUGAGGAUGAGACAAGAGACUCCCAUGAACAUCUCCAUAUAUCUAAAGAAGUAGAAGAUAACAAUGUCACACAAGCUAAUUCAAUAAUUGCUAAUGCACCCUUAGACCUUUACAGUGGAGAUCUAUCCACCGAUACCAUUGGUCACUGGAAUCUUUUGUCUAAUCAAUUACCGAGUCAAUCACAGAAUCAGUCUAAACAAUCUGUGCAUGAAAUAAUUGACAGAAAUAAAAGACCACUUUCAGGUUCAGAAUGUGAAAAGUAUUUUAGUCAGAAAUCAAAAGUUAUGGAGCAUCAAAGAGUUCACACAGGGGAGAAGCCAUUUCCAUGCUCACAAUGUGGGAAGUACUUUAGUCAGAAAUGGAGUCUUGUUGAACAUCAAAUGACAUUUCACACAGGGGAAAAGCCAUUUUCAUAUUCAGAAUGCGGGAUAUGUUUUGGUCGGAAGUCUGUUCUUGUUGAACAUCAGAGAAUCCACACAGGAGAGCAGCCAUUUUUAUGUCCUGAAUGUGGAAAAUGUUUUGGCCUGAAAUCAAGCUUAUUGGAACAGCAAAGAAUUCACACAGGAGAGACACCAUUUUUAUGUCUAGAAUGUGGGAAAUGUUUUGGCCAGAAAUCAAGCCUUGUGGAACAUCAAAGAAUUCACACAGGGGAGAAGCCAUUUUCAUGUUCAGAAUGCGGGAAAUGUUUUGGUCGUAAGUCUGUUCUUGUUGAACAUCAGAGAAUCCACACAGGAGAGACGCCAUUUUCAUGUCCGGAAUGUGGGAAAUGUUUUACAAAGAAAUCACAUGUUGUAGAACAUUUAAGAACUCACACAGGGGAGAAGCCAUUUUCAUGUUUAGAAUGUGGGAAAUGUUUUAGUUACAAAUCAAAUCUUGUGGAACAUUUAAGAACUCACACAGGUGAGAAGCCAUUUUCAUGUUUAGAAUGUGGGAAAUGUUUUAUUCAGAAAUCACAUCUUGUGGAACAUUUAAGAACUCACACAGGGGAGAAGCCAUUUUUAUGUUCAGAAUGUGGGAAAUGUUUUUCCCAAAAAUCUGCUCUUGUUAUGCAUAAAAGAAUUCACAAAGGAGAGAAGACAUAUUCAUGUCCCGAUUGUGGGAAAUGUUUUAGUCUGAAAUCGUGCCUUGUUACUCAUCAGAGAACUCAUACAGGGGAGAAGCCAUUUUCAUGUCCUGAUUGUGGGAAAUGUUUUGGUCUGAAAUCAGCUCUUGUUACUCAUCAAAGAACUCACACCAAGAAUAAGCCAUUUUCAUGUUCAGAAUGUGGGAAAUGUUUCGGCUAUAAACCGGGUCUUGUUCAACAUCAAAGAACUCACACAGAGGAGAAACAGUUUUCAUGUCCUGAAUGUGAGAAAUGUUUUAGUCUGAAAAGAGAUCUUGUGAAACAUCGAAGAAUCCACACAGGGGAGAAGCCAUUUUCAUGUUUAGAAUGUGGGAAAUGUUUUAGACUCAAGUCGAUUCUUCUUUACCAUCAGAGAACUCACACAGGACAGCAGCCAUUUUCAUGUACUGAAUGUGGAAAAAGUUUUGGCCAGAAAUUAGGCUUAUUGGAACAUCAAAGAAUCCACACAGGAAAGACGCCAUUAUCCUGUUUAGAAUGUGGGAAAUGUUUUAGACUCAAGUCGAGUCUUCUUUACCAUCAGAGAACUCACACAGGGGAGAAGCCGUUUUCAUGUCCAGAAUGUGGGAAAUGUUUUGGCCAGAAAUCAAGCCUUGUGGAACAUCGAAGAAUUCACACAGGGGAAAAGCCAUUUUCAUGUUCGGAAUGCGGGAAAUGUUUUGGUCGUAAGUCGGUUCUUGUUGAACAUCAAAGAAUUCACACAGGAGAGAAGCCAUUUUCAUGUCCUGAAUGUGGGAAAUGUUUUGGUCGAAAAUCGGUACUUGCUGAACAUCAGAGAACUCACACACGGGAGAACCUAUAUUCAUGUGCUAAUGUUGGAGAUAUUUUAGACAGAAAUCAAAUGUUAGGAAACAUCUAAGAGUUUACACAGGAGAGAGGCCAUAUUUAUGUUCUGAAUUGUCAAAAUUUUUUACACACAGAGCAGGUUUUGCUAAACAUCGAAGAACUCGCACAGGUGGAACAUAAGAACUGUUGCAGUUG